CUAGUACACAAAUUGCGCUCGAGAUAACAAAAUCAAAAAAAUAAAAUACUGGAUUAUUUAUCUGUGUAAAGCUUAGUGCGUUUUAUGAUUAACAGUUCGCUAACUGCAUUGAAAAGUUUGUCAAAAAAAUGAAAAAGUUUUUGGUUUUACUGUUUGCUUCAGUGGCCCUGUGCUAUGAAGGAGUCCCGUUUACAGAUUGUGGUUCUGAAUUUUCAAUUGACAAGGUCGUUAUAGAAGACUGUAUUGGUUUGAAUGAAGAUGAAGUUUGCCAUCUUCAAAUUGGAAAAAAUGUUAGUGUUGUUAUUACAUUUGAUAAAUAUUUGGAAGUAAAUAGCAUGAAAUCUUCUGCUUUUAUUAACAUGUUUGGACAGGAUUUUAAAUUACCAGUAUCUCCAAACAGCUGUGAUCAUAUGAAAUGUCCCGUUACAUUAAAAGAUAACGUGAACACUUUUAGAGCCAAUGUUACUCUUAACUCUCGUAUUCCUGGGCCAGCAAUUUUCCGACUAAUGUCAACCCAUAAACGGAAUAAAUCGGUGUUUUGUUUGACUACGAAAGUAAAUUUGUUUUAGAAAUAAACAACUUAAAAAAUAUUUUGUAUUUUUGGCAUAUCUUCAAAAAUAUACAUAUGUUUGAAUAUUAUAAUACUCAACUUUUAAUAUAA